GUAAACGAUCAGAUGUUCGCGAGAACAGCAUUUCUGUAUGUCGCGUGUGUGAAACAGUAUGAUCAAGCUUUGUGCAUUAUAAACUUUAAAAUAAGAUUUCUUGACUGCAACAAGUUGAUUUAAAAUUAUAAACUUUAUUUUUAAUGACUUAUUUGUGACUUUGUUUCUUAAUUUUUAUUGAAGAAUAAGAAAUGGGCAACUUCUUGUCUUUGCCGACAAGAUUUCAAUCUCUCCUUAAUUUAACAAAUAUUGUAUCACGGAAAAGAAAACUAUCAUCAACAACAAAUUCUUCCAGAGAUCCUUAUUCACCAGAAGUCAAGAGGUUUCGUUUUGAUAAUAAUUUGAAGCAAAGAUCAACUGACUUUAAAGCUGAUGUUGUCAUUAAUGCUUUCGACCGGAAAUGGCCAUGUAAUAGAGAAAUUUUAUGUCAAAGCAAUUUCUUUAAAACAUUACUAAAUGGAUCGUUCAAAGAAUCAAAACUCCAAGAGAUUGAUCUUUAUAUGACGGAUGAUUUGAUAAAUGAAAUAUCGUUUCAAAAACUACUAAACAUACUUUACCAUCAAGAAUCGUUUAUAUCCUCAGACAUCAUAUUUAAUGUAACUGUUACAGCGCAAUACUUCCAAAUCGAUUCUCUUGUUGACUUUUGUGAGGAUCAAAUCACUGAAAUGAUAAAAAGUUCAAAUGCCAUCGAAAUUUAUCAUUUCUCGGAUCGCUAUUAUCUUAAAAAGAUAAAAGACAAAGUGUUCGAUUGGAUGCUUCUUCGAUUAUUUCCAGUAACAUGUUGGGAUCAGUUGAGUUGUCUCUCGUUGGAAUUAGCAACAAAACUCAUCUCACAUCCUAGGUUAGUUACAUUAAAUGAAAUGUACUUGUACUUGGUAUUGAAAAUGUUAAUUCAAAUCGAUUUAAACGGAACAUAUGUAGAAAAUCAUGACGAAUUUUAUAGUAAUAUUAAAGAGAACAUGGUUCCAUUUUUACUGACUGAAAAAGGAUUAAAAUUUCGUACAGCUUUUGAAGCUCUAAAGUUAGGAAAUAUUCUGGUUAGAAAAGAAAACGUCGAAAUGAUAAUGCAAGAUAAUAUCAUUCCACGAUCCAUGAUUUAUGCUUCAAUUUAUAAAAAUUGGAUGUCUUUAAUUUCAAUUGAAUCGCAUAAAAAUUAUGGCCCAUCAAAAGAAUUAAUCACAGAAAAUGAUUUUGAUAAUCAUGCAAUGAGAUUCGCUAAAGUGAUCCAUCAACCUGAUUUUCAUUGUUGGAAAUUUGCUGGAUUUUGUUUUGCUUUUGAUUUGGCAUUGUUUUUUGAUGGAAGAACUUUAAUUAUCAAACGUGUUCAUCAAUUCAAUAACGAACAAAGAGUUUCACAUACGCAUUUAUUGCGAAGCAUCAUGUUACGUGUUGAUAUUGUUGAAGUUCACAGCACAGACACUAAUCGACAAAAUGAUAUUCAAACAUACAAAAUGACACUAAACGAAGAGAUUUCCUUAAAAAAGCUAAACAGAGAACCAAAAUAUCCUUGUAGGAUAAGCCUUGAGAUUCUAUUCCAUAUUCCUUAUGUCAACAAUUUAGGAUUAGAGCAAAUUUAGUAACUAAGUAAAAGAAAUUUUGUACUUUUCAUUGACAUAUUCGUAAAUAUCUAGAUUUGUAGGUUUUUUUUUCAGAUGUGCAAAUAAGCAAGUUUGAUUGAAUAAAAAUUAAUCAUCAAAGUGCAAAGAUUAAAUAUGUACACAUUAAUGUUAUUCAUAAUUAGAUAAGCAAGUUUGACCUAUUCAAGAUGUGUUGAAAAUGUUAAACAAAAGGAAAUAAAUCAAUAAUUUGACG